CAUGGUCAUUAUCCAAGCCGCUUAUCGUCACGAGGGUCGCGGGAGUCCCGGAACUUGACCAAAAGUACAGGAGUACACUCUGAACUGGUUGCCAGUCAGUUUGCUGGGCACAUUAUCGACACCAUCACUCAGCGGCAAUUGAUCCCACGCUGCCCGCACCAAAAUGAACAAAAUGGUUGUGAAAGAGAACCAACAGAUGGAACAGUCCCCUAAUGAGAUGGACAUGACCUUUCAACUGGAAACUCCAGUUAUAUCACAAGAGGAUCCAGAGUUACAUGAACAUGCGCCUACAGUGUCUGCUGCAGCAAAACCAUCCUUGGUCAAUGGGUGUAACAAGGAAGGCUUUGGUGGUGAAGUUUCACAAGAUUCAGAUAGUGAAAGCUCCUCUUUAUCCUCCUCUUGUUCAUCCUCCCCUGUUUUUGAAAAUACUGUUGAUGAUGAGGGCUUAAGACAAGCAGUUCCCUUUAAAACUAAAGAUGAAAUUUUACUUGAGCAGGAUUUGCCAGCGGUGGAGGAGCUGACUGUGUCGCUACCAGAUGAUGUGGAACUAAUGCCAGUAGGAACAGUAUCUGGAAUCAUACAGCAGCUUGUUAUAAUCCAGUCUGUGAAAGAUUCCCCACCUUUGACUGAUGACAGCAUUAUCUUUGGAUCUGAUCGUGUAGCUCUGGGCAAGGUUUUUGAAGUCUUCGGUCCUGUAUGCAGACCUCUUUAUAUCUUGCGAUUUAACUGUCCUGAUGAGUUGAGCAGUAAGGGGCUGACACUUGGACUGGUUGUUUAUUGUGCACCAGAAAUGAAAGAGUACACUGGAUAUAUCCUCCUACAACAGCUUAAACUGUUAAAGGGCUCGGAUGCAUCCUGGAAAAAUGAUCAAGAACCACCAGAAGAGGCUUUAGACUAUAGUGAUGAUGAGAAGGAGCAGCAAGCUAAGAGGAGAGUGAAAAACCACAAAAAGCAGCACAACAGCACAGGAGGUCUUACACUGGACACUCAGCAUCACCUUGUAACAUCAAGAUAUACAGGGUCUCUGAUCAGAGACCAUAAUGUAAACGACAACCAACCACCAUUUUGUUUCUCACAUCAGCGACCCCUGCACACAAAUGUUUCUUCCGGGUUCCAUGCUCCUCUGUGCAUUUAUCCACCUGAUCCUCCUUCCUCACUCACCUUCCCUCCCUGCCCACCUCCAUCAUUUUUUAGUGCAUCAUAUACCUCUCAACUCUGGCAACCAAACUCUGUUCCAUUUUCAAAAUUCCCUCCUUUUCCUCCUCCUCAGUGAGAUCCAAUAUUGCAUUGCUGUAGUUGUCAUAUAUAUGUAUGUGAAUAUAUAUAUAUAUAUAUAUAUAUAUAUAUAUAUAUUCCCUCACACACAAGGAUUGUGAAUUGCCCAAUAAAAGAUUCAU